AUGACCACAGAGCAGGUCGAUAUGUGGUUCAAGAAGAACUCGAUCCACAAAUUCUUGAACUCGAAAAUGAACCUUUGGCAAAGAAAGAUGCGUCUUCAGAGAGCCUUCGGUGGCUUUGGUGAGUCUACCAUCAACAAGGAAGCUGCGGGUCAGUACAGCAACACCUGCGACGACACUCAGCAAGGCUGGCCAACCCACACAAAUGAGCUGUUCGACUUUGCCCAUAUCGACGCCCCAACCUUCACCAAUUGGUACAAACCGAAUUGUGACGAGCUCAAGGCUAAGCUACAAGAGCGCGGUAAGAAGCAUGGCAUGGACAUAUGUUGCGCGAUCCUUCACAUCAAAUCCAAACGCACCUUUCUCCACGAGCCAGGCUCCAACUUCAGCUCAGCAUGGAUCAAUGACUCCACCGUGUUCGACACAGCACUCACCCAGGAAAUACUCGCAAUCCCCAAUGUCGCAGUCAGGAACGGCGAGAUCCGCUGCCACAUGAUGGCCGCCUACGAGUCAGACAUGCUGAACAAGAUCGAGGAUUCCACUAUCCAUAAACCAGGUGUGCCGAAUAUCUUGGAUAUCAACAUCAUCGGCGCUUCCCAGUCGACUAUCGCUGCUGAGUAUCCCGUUGUAGACGACUCUUUGAUCCGACCCAUGACAGCGGAAGACACUCAUACGGCGAAGAGGCACGCGGAUAGGAAGCGAGGGAAGAAGCGGAGGAGUUGA